AUGACCAGCAUUUCUCAUCUACUCGUGUCUGGUCUGUUGGCCGCUGUUGUGGUCAAUGGCCAGCAAUAUGACCCGCCAGCUCGAAGUUUAGGUGCUUUCACCUAUGUCCAGCCCCGUAACACGACUAUUCUCGGGCCUUACGGACACUCUCCUCCCAUUCUUCCAUCGCCCAACGCUACCGGACUUGGCGGCUGGGAGGCCGCCUUCGCCAAAGCUCAGCACUUUGUCGCGGAGUUGACGCUUGAAGAAAAGGCUGACAUGGUCACUGGGCAACCAGGCCCUUGCGUUGGGAAUAUUGUGGCCAUUCCCCGACUCGGCUUCAAUGGUCUCUGCUUGCAAGACGGGCCGUUGGCCAUCCGUGUCGCCGACUAUGCGAGCGUCUUCUCUGCUGGCGUGACAGCUGCGUCAACAUGGGACAGGGACAUUUUGUACGAGCGCGGUUUCGCUAUGGGACAGGAGUUCAGAGCCAAAGGUGCCCAUAUCGCGCUCGCACCUGUUGCUGGUCCCCUUGGGCGCUCAGCCUACGGGGGCAGAAACUGGGAGGGCUUCGCGGCGGACCCGUAUCUGACUGGCGUUGCGAUGGAGCGAACCAUCCAGGGCCUCCAGGAUGCCGGCGUUCAGGCUACUGCGAAGCAUUACGUCGGCAACGAGCAAGAGACCCAGCGUAAUCCAAGCUACGACUAUAGUGGCACGGCCCCACAAAUCAAGCAGGAAGCUAUUUCCUCUAAUAUUGAUGACCGAACUAUGCACGAGCUUUAUCAUUGGCCGUUCGCCAACGCUGUGCGCGCUAAGGUUGCUUCCGUCAUGUGUUCCUAUCAGCGCCUCAACGGCUCCUACGCCUGUCAGAACUCCAAGGCUCUCAUUGGCCUCCUCAAGGAGGAGCUUGGCUUCCAGGGAUAUAUUAUGUCCGACUGGGGCGGCACUCAUUCCGGUGUCGCGUCCAUUGAGAGUGGUCUCGACAUGAAUAUGCCGGGGGGUCUCGGUCCAUACGGCCUUUACCGUGAGGAAGGCUCCUUCUUUGGAGGAAACGUGACUUCUGCUGUCAACAACGGAACUAUCGAUGAAUCGCGCGUGGAUGAUAUGAUCGUUCGCAUCAUGACUCCUUACUACUGGCUCAGCCAGGACAAAGACUUCCCCUCGGUUGACCCUUCAACCGUUGAGCUAAAUACCUUUUCGCCACGGUCUACAUGGCUUCGCGAGUUUAAUAUCACCGGGGAGUCUACUCGUGAUGUCCGUGGGAAUCAUGGCGAGCUGAUUCGCAGACAGGCUGCUGAGGCCACCAUUCUGCUCAAGAACGAGGGCAAUGCGUUGCCUUUGAAGGCGCCGAAGUCAAUUGCGAUUUUUGGCAACGAUGCUGGCGAGGACACUAUGGGUGCCUAUAACGGAGAGAACUUUGAGUUUGGCACACUUGCUGCAGGUGGUGGCUCAGGCACGGGUCGCUUCACAUAUUUGGUCUCACCGCUGGCGGCCCUCACUGCUCGUGCUAAGCAGGAUAACGCUCUGGUCCAGUUUUGGUUGAACAACACCCUCGUCGCCGAUUCAAAUGUCACUGAUCUUUGGAUCCCCGCCCCGCCUGAAGCUUGUCUCAUCUUCCUCAAAACAUGGGCAACCGAGGGUUCAGACCGCGAGCAUCUAUCGGUGGACUAUAAUGGAAACAACCUCGUGAAUUCGGUCGCCAAAGUCUGCCACAAUACCAUCGUCAUCACUCAUUCCUCUGGUAUUAACGAACUCCCCUUUGCCAACCACCCUAACGUGACUGCCAUCCUUGCGGCCCAUUACCCUGGGGAGGAAUCUGGCAACUCGAUUGUCGAUGUCCUUUACGGUGAUAUCAAUCCAUCCGGGAAGCUGCCAUACACGAUCGCCAAAAACGGCAGCGAUUACAAUGCCCCACCCACGACUGAGGUGACCACAACAGGUCAGUAUGACUGGCAAUCAUGGUUCAACGAGAAGCUUGAAGUCGACUACCGUUACUUCGACGCCCGAAACAUGUCAGUCCUUUAUGAGUUUGGCUACGGCCUGUCUUACUCAACCUUCAGCCUCUCCAACAUCAAAGCCAAAGCCCUGGCCAAGUCCGUUUCCUCGGCACCGGAGGAUCGUCCGAUUCAGCCCGGAGGAAAUCCUUCUCUUUGGGUGGCCAUCUACGAUGUGUCCGUGUUGGUCACCAAUACAGGUAAUGUGGAGGGCGCAACGGUGCCGCAGCUCUACGUGACAUUUCCCGAUAGUGUCCCUGGGACCCCGCCCAAGCAGCUUCGAGGGUUCGACAAGGUUUACCUGGCUCCUGGAGAAUCGUGCACUGUAAAUUUUGAGCUGAUGCGGAGAGACCUCAGCUAUUGGGAUGUGGUGUCGCAGGAGUGGCUGAUUCCCAAGGGCGAGUUUGUCAUUAGUGUGGGAUUCAGUAGCAGGGAUUUGAGGAAGGUUGUCAACAUUAAGCCUGUGACGGCUUGA